AGUGCUUGAUUUGAUCUAUAAGUUCCUCAAUGUUGUGGAGGCAUUAUAGUCAUUUUGCUGAACAACAAUAAUUGAUAGAUAUAUCAUGGUUGGAAGGAGGUGGUCUUGGGCAAGGGAAGAGCUGACCCCAUUGGAAGAGCAAUGGAGUUGGGGGGUUCUUCUAUGGAGAGAGGGGAAAGAACGCGUUUGUUAAGUAAGAGCUAUUCAUCAAGAUAUUAUGAAGAUGAGACAUCACUGGAAGUACCUCUGUUACGGCACAAACCUAGUGACUGGAAAGCACCAAAAAUUAUUCUGGGAUUUGAAUGCUUGGAGAGUACAGCUUUCAAUGGCAUUGCUACAAACUUAGUUGUAUAUCUACACAACGUCCUCCAUGGAAGCAAUGCUUCUAAUGCGGCAAAUGCUGCUACUUGGGCUGGAACAAGCUAUUUUACACCACUUGUUGGAGCUCUUAUAGCUGAUACAUACUGGGGAAAUUACAAGACAAUAGUGAUCUCGCUCAUAAUAUAUCUUCUGGGGAUGAUUAUCGUCACUGUCUCUGCUUUCACUCCAUCUUUAAAGCCUCCUCCAUGUGAAGAAAGCUCAUGCCAGCCAGCAACUAUGGCUCAGAAUCUUGUAUUCUUUUCUGGGCUGUAUCUCAUUGCUUUUGGGAGUGGAGGAGUCAGGUCGGCAUUGCUUCCUUUUGGUGCAGACCAGUUCAGUGAUGAGAACCCAGUCGAGAGAGAAAAGAAGCUUCAUUUCUUCAGUUGGUUCUAUGUUACUGUCACCUUUGGAUUGCUUACUUCUGGCACUUUGAUAGUCUAUAUACAGGAAAAUGUAGAUUGGGCACUUGGGUUUGGCAUUGCAACUUUGUGCAUAGCUCUAGCCUUUGGAGGCUUUGUGUUAGGAACACCAAUUUAUCGGCUGCGGAUGCCAGGUGGGAGUCCUCUGAAGAGUGUUUUUCAGGUAUUGGUUGCCUCUCGUAGGAAGAUGAGCUUGGAAGUACCCACAGAUACCACUCUAUUGCAUGAGGCGAAUGACAAGAACUCAGAUACUUUGGAACAACAGAGAUUAAUGCAUACUGAAGAAUUCAGGUUUUUAGACAAAGCAGCUACUAUUUUGGAUUCAGACCUAAAAGAUAAUGAUCCUCAAAGUUCAUGGAAACUUUGUACAGUAACUCAAGUGGAAGAAUUGAAGAUACUUCUGCGCUUGCUGCCAAUAUGGGUGACUGGCAUCUUCUACUGCGCUGCAUAUUCUCAGAUGGCUACCACUUUCAUCCAACAAGGCAGUGCAAUGAGAACGAAGAUCGGGUCCUUCUCUAUCCCUCCUGCAUCCUUGUGUUCUUUUGAAGUGAUAUGUGUCAUGGCUUGGGUCCUUUGUUACAAUAAAAUCAUAGUUCCCAUAACUAGAAGCUACAUGGGGAAUGGAAGGGGACUUUCAAAACUGCAGAGGAUGGGAAUUGGCCGGUUUUUGAUUAUCCUAACAAUGGCAACAGCAGCAUUUGUGGAGGCGAGGAGAUUGGAGAGUGCCAAGGCUGGUGAAUCUAUAAGUAUCGCAUGGCAACUUCCCCAGUAUUUUAUUAUCGCAGGCUCAGAAGUCUUCAGUCUCAUUACCCAACUUGAAUUCUUCUAUGGCCAGGCACCUGAUUCAAUGAAGAGCAUGUGCACAGCAAUUGCAUUGCUCACCGUCUCCCUUGGCAAUUACUUGAACUCUCUUAUUGUCACACUUGUUGCUCUUGCCACGUCAACAGGAGGGAGUCCAGGGUGGAUAUCGGAGGAUUUGAACUGUGGGCACCUCGACUAUUACUUCUUGGGGUUGACAGGCCUGUGUAUAUUGAAUUUUGCUGCUUAUCUAGCUUUUGCAAGGAAUUAUACACUGAAGAAAGUCAUUGUAGAUACUUGAAGUUGAAUUUACAAAACCAAUUAAAAACAAGGUUGGUUCUUGUGUUGUAUUACACGGAAAAUUACAAUAAACUAGACUUGUUUUCACUA